AUGACCAGAGGUGCUCGGACGUGUCGGCAGCAAGAUGACGGCUUGAACAUCUGGUGUGCACCCCGAGAGAACGAGAAGCCAUUCACCGACUCGGAGAGGGCCCAGAGAUGGCGAUUAUCUUUGGCCUCUCUCCUUUUCAUAACUGUCCUACUCUCUAAUCACUUGUGGUUCUGCGCCGAGGCUAAACUCACCAGGACCAGAGACAAGCGACAGGCCACUACAGACUUCAUGGACACGAAAGACUACCUUAACCAUUCACUACCACUACCAACCACCCAUCACUCUUACAGCGGCCUCGUCGCUACAAAUCAAGAUGUUAUUUUUAUAGGGAAUUCUACCCCACCUUUGUGGCGACUUGAAACUUGUCACCCCGACAGCGUUUCCAAAAACUGCUAUACUUUCCUGAACGUGACAGAAGUGUGCCUCGGCCUCUCGGAGGAGGGGGGGACGCGGUCAGCCGAGUGGAACCUGAGCGAUUUAUACCUUUCUUUUUGUAAUUCCUACUCUCUUUUGGAUUUGUUUAGCGGAUUUUCCAGUCAGGACAGGUUGAACUGCAGUAUGGCGAUGGCCGGCGACCUAGAAGGUUGCAAGCAGUGCUUGCGGGCUUUUCAACUCUCCGACCAGCUAGCUCAGGAGAAUUAUGACGAGUUUAAGCUUCUCAUUCACAAAUAUGAAGUGGAUGUAUAUUCGGUGCGGACGUGCAUGGAAGAAUGCAAGACGGUCUACAAACCCUGGCUGUGCUCCCAGUACUUCCAGAUGACACAGAUGCACUGCAGCAACAAGAUCCCCUGCAGGCAGUACUGCCUGGAGGUGCAGCAGAGGUGUCCGUUCAUAUUGCCAGACAACGACGAUCUCGUGCACGGAGGCAGUCAGAGUUUCAUAUGCCCAGGGCUGUCAGAGAACCAGCCGACGCAGUCGGAGACAGAGUGUUGCGACGUGCGAUGGGACAUCCACCCCACGAACAACCAAUCGGAGGAGUCGUUGAAAAUGAGCCACCCUUCGUGUCAGCACAGGAACUCCCUGAGCUCCUCAGCGGCCUCCAGACUGUGCAACAGUAGGCUCAAACUUUGCCUGCUGGUCCUGGUCCUCCUCCACACGGUCGCCACCCUCAGCGCAUCCCAUAAUGCCACUGGGCUGAGCCUCCCGACAAUCUCGCCACUGGACGAGAACUCAAACGCCAAUGAGGAGUGAAGGUCACUCACCCUUGGCUGGUGACUUACAACAAACAAACAAACAAAACUUUGUCACCAUUGGCGAAUGGCAUGCCACGCAGGCAUCAGUUUUGCCAUAGACAGGCGUGUCAUGCACUCGCAAUGCUUUCUGGGACAUGUAGUGCAAAAAGGGGGGAGGGGCGGCAGAGCAUGACAUGCAAACAAUCAAACAAAACAAACAGACUUUAAAAAGAAAAAACGGACA